GGUCUUUCAAAUUCUCGCGAUGUUUCAGUGCCGUUCACAUCAAGACCGCGAGAAGAUGAGCGAUGGCAAUAGAAAACAAACCUGGGGAGGAAUUUGAUACCGUUUUCAGUCGAAAUGAUUCCUUGGAGCUCUCUUCGCACCAUGAAUAUGAGACUGGACAAGCUCGGAUGUUCAAGAUAAUAGUCAUAGGAGAUUCAAAUGUGGGAAAGACGUGUUUGACUUACAGAUUCUGCGGGGGCACUUUCCUGAAAAACCCAGAGGCAACGAUCGGGGUCGAUUUCAGAGAGAGGACGCUGGAGCUCGAUGGGGAGAGUAUCAAGAUCUGGGACACAGCAGGUCAGGAGCGUUUUAGGAAGAGCAUGGUGGAGCACUACUACCGCAGCGUCCACGCCAUCAUCUUCGUGUACGACGUGACCAGCCUCUCCUCCUUUGAGAGCAUCCCUGAGUGGAUUGAGGAGUGCAGCCGACACUCCGUGGGCCCCCUGGUGCCCCGCAUCAUGGUGGGCAACAAGUGUGACCUGAGGGACCGCCGGGAGGUCCCCACGUCAGCCGCCCAGUGUCUUGCCGACAGCUACAACUUCCCACUGUUUGAGACUUCAGCCAAGGACCCUGCUGAGAAGGAACAUGUUGACGCUAUCUUUCUGACUUUGGCUUAUAGACUGAAGAGCCACAAACCCCUGAGACUGAAGCAGCCGAGUGAGAGCAAUGUCAGGCAGCUGUUGAACCAGAGAGAGCAGGAAGCAGCAACUUGUCAAUGCUGAGGUCACCUCCAUUCUGUAUGGAUGUACUCAAGAGUGUGUACAAAGGUCAUCACAGCCUUCAGGAACACUAAUGGUGCUGAGAAAAGCACUGAGACUAAACUUAGAAAGGCCUGUUAUGAUCAUGAGAUAGAAAAGGAAGAAACGUCCCAUGGUUUUACACUUUUCCCUGCCUGAUGUAAGGCACAGCUAGUGACAGUAUGGGCCUAUGAAUUUCCACAAUAUUAAAUCAACAUUUCAAUGAAAUGCAUGAAUGGAUAUGAAGGUAUGCCAAAUGUAGCUCAAACUGCACAUAAAAUCACUUUAAAUAAAAAACAAAACAUUGCAGAGUGCACUUAAAUAGACAAAUUAUAUGCAAUCAGCUGUCUAGUAGCACUACAACUUAUCUAUAGUAUUUAAUGCAGACAGUGAAUUAAGGGACAAACUGAUUUCAGUGUAAGGAAAGGGACCAAUAAGGUAAAUUGAAACUGUGAAGAAAACUGUGCUAUCGUUUUCUUGAAGAAAUGCUUUAAAGUGAUAUUUCAGUUCUUAAAAAAUGCAAAUGCAGCAUGAGUUGUGGUGCUGUUGCUGAAUGUGUAUUUCUCAAAUAUAAAUAUGAACAUAACCAGCUUUGUGUCAGCUUAUUCGCCUCGACAGUUCUUUGGAGAGAGCUCACUAAUGACAAAAUGUAGCUGUCUUUUGGGACAAAAUGCAAAUCCACAUAGUUCAUUUGAAAAGUAUUAACAAGUACAUGCUCAGCUUUGAAAAUUGUUAUUCCAGAAGGUAUUAAUGGUAUGAGGUAAGACUGACUGACUGAUACUUGCAUGUGUACAAUAAUGCAAACACUUUUCAACAGUAUGGAGAUUAGUGACAAUGUUAAGCUGCAAAUCAAUAAAAGUGGUUUUAUCAGUAUAAUUUAAA